AUGCCAUCUCGAAACCCUUCGUGCGUGAUCGGCAUCGAUGUUGGCGGAACGAACACAGAUGCCGUCAUACUUCAAAAUGAGCAGGUUCUAGCCUGGCACAAAACUCCAACAACAUCUGAUAUACAAGGUGGCAUAGAGCUAGCCAUUGAGGAGGUUGUGAGACAAGCCGAUGUCGCGCCUGCUCAGAUUACAUCCGUCAAGAUUGGUACGACGCAAUUCGUCAACGCAGUACUCGAGCGGAAUCGGAACAAGCUUGAUCGAGUCGGAGUGAUCCGACUGUGCGGACCUUACUCGCGGCGGUCCCCGCCAUUCGUGGAUUUUCCAGCUGGUCUUCGUGCUUUAGUUGAAGGACACCAUGGCUACGUGGACGGUGGCUAUCAAGUCGACGGCAGGCAUGUCUCGACACUGAAACAUGACCAGCUACAAGCUCAGGCGGCUGCGAUCAGAUCCAAGUCAAUCAAGAGCAUCGUCGUUAUUGGCAUCUAUUCGCCAUCAAACCCUGACCAAGAAUUGGAAGCCGCGUCUGUCCUCGCAUCAGAACUUGGACCAGGCUAUGACAUAUCUUGCUCACACAGCAUCGGCAGACUAGGUUUCCUGGAGCGUGAGAAUGCCAGUAUUCUCAAUGCAAGCCUACGUCGCUUCGCACGUCAUGUCAUUGCAGGUUUCCAACAUGCCGUUCGGAAAUUAGGCAACUGCAGCUUGUACAUCACCGUCAAUGAUGGCACGUUGAGCAAAGCAUCGGAAGCGGCAUCGCAUCCAGUACGUUGCUUCUCAUCAGGACCUACCAAUAGUGCAAGGGGAGCGGCGUUGUUGGCAGGAUCAUUGUCACGGGACGCGGAGGACGACAAAGACGUCCUUGUGGUCGAUGUGGGAGGUACUACAACCGAUAUAUGUGCAUUGCUGAAGACUGGCUUCCCUAGGCAGUCGGCUACCUUCGUCAAGAUAGCUGGCGUCAGAACCAAUUUCAGCAUACCUGACGUGUACAGCAUACCACUAGGCGGCGGGUCCAUCGUUAGGACAGCACAUGGGCAGGUCCAAAUCGGACCAGACUCGGUUGGAUCACGUUUAGCAGAAGAGGGGAUCUGCUUCGGUGGCCAGACCAUUACAGCAACGGACCUAGUCUGGUCUAAUACCCUCACAGAGACACUUGUAUCAUCAAACGUCAAGGCUGCUGGGCGCGCAGAGAUGAAACGAGCUGUAGAAGUGGCGAUUGACCUUGUCAAAACAAGACCGGAGAAAGCAAGAGUCAUUCUCGUUGGUGGUGGAAAUAUCAUAAUUGGCGACAAUCUGGCGGGAGUUGGAGAGCUGAUCCGUCCGAAGCAUCUCGAAGUGGCUAAUGCCGUGGGAGCAGCGAUCGGGAAGAUCAGUGGCACAGUCGACACCGUCGUCGUACCUCGGACUAAUGAUGCCUCCAUGGAAGUGCAGAUUGAGGAAGCUGAAGCUCUUGCGAUGGAGCGCUGCAUCCGUGCAGGAGGAAGCAAGGCCACUCUGGAAGUUGUUGAAGUUGAGCUUAUCCCAAUCUCUUACGUGACUGACGGAUCUACACGACUGAUUGUUCGCGUCGUUGCGGAUCUCCUUGAGAGUCAGGAGGAACCCGAAACAUUUGAGAUGUCACUACACGACAAUUGGGCCAAGAAGCUCGACAAUUACACCAAUAGUUGCGACUCGAAAGCAACAUCUUACGAACUCGCUCACCAGCUGGAUGUCGAAGGGUAUCGACCAAGGAUUGAAGGAGAUCUGUGGUAUCUAUCCAAGACAGAUCUGCAGUUUCUGCAGGAUGGUACAGGUGUCCUAGGAGUCGGAAGCUGCGGAGAUGCGUAUCCCAGCUACAUUGCAUGUCUCAGCGCACUGGCAAGGGGCGAGGAUAUCACUAUCAGGAGACAGGACAGCAUAACUGACGACGCCACCGUACUGAUUGCUGGCUUCAUGGGCUCUCCGACUGUCUAUCUCGAGCGAAUUCCUGGUACGGACGAGAUCACUGAUGCCGUGUGCGCCGUCCUGAAAGCAACGGACAUCACUUCGUUCGAUGCCAUAAUUCCCAACGAGAUUGGAGGAAUGAACGCGUUCGAAGCUUUACUAGCAGCGCAUCACUUCAGCAAGAGCACUUUAGACACAGAUUGUGUUUUCACCAAUGUACAGGACAAUUUCCAGACCGAGCAGCUCAUGCGAGAUGCGUGCACAGAGCUAGGGUCCUUGUCGGGUAUCUGUGUCAAUCCUCUUUACGGCCAUGAAGCUCGUGGUCUACCACAAAACAGCUACUCUUUAGCAUGGAGUAUCGGUCGCUCUAUUGCUCUAGCCCGCAGUCGGAAGAUCGAUCCUGUGACAACACUUCUGCAGGAGCAGAAUGGAGUGCUCCUCUUUCGUGGGAAGAUCAGCUCUGUCACAAGACACGUGGCAAAGGGUUUCACGAGGGGCACUGUCUUACUCGCCUCUUCGUCGCAAGAUUCGCAACAAUCGUCUGAAGAUGACGUCUCAAGCUCGCCUUCGCUAUUGGUCGAAUUUGAGAAUGAGAACCUUUGCGCAAUUCUGAAGCAAAAGGGAGAAGAGGAUAAAGUCUUGGCUGUCUGUCCGGACCUCAUCUGUUUCCUCGACAUGGCAAAUGGGGCACCACUGGGCGUUUCAGAUUACAAGUUCGGCUUGAGGGUCAGUGUUGUGGCGUUGAGGUCCCCGCCUAUGUGGACGACCGACAAAGGACUGAAGAUGGGUGGGCCAGCGGCCUUUGGUCUCGACUUGCAAUACAAGCCAAUUGGUACGGAAGGAUACAAGCCGCCUAUGAGUGUUUGGGACAUGUUCUGCGAAUCGCGAUGA